AUGUCUUCCACAGCCAAGUCAUUCCGUGAACUCGUCGGCAUCCCCCCUUCCACCGCCUCUCCCAGUGAUUCAACCCUCAUCAUCAUCGACGCCCAAAAUGAAUACGCCACAGGCCUUCUAGCAGUUCAAAAAGUCGCCGAAACCCGCAAGGUCAUUGCCAAACUGCUAGAGAAAUAUCGCAAGAACGGAAACAAGAACAUUGUCCACGUCGUGCACGAAGUUCCCGCCGGUGCACCCGUCUUCACACCUGGCACUCCUCUCGCGGAGGAAUUUGAAGAAUUGAAGCCCAAGGCGAACGAGAAAGUGGUCACAAAGAACUUCCCCAGUUCUUUUGCCAAGACCGAUCUACAUGAUUACUUGCAGGGACUGGGAGAAGUAGGCAAGAAGAUUGUGCUGGUUGGAUACAUGGCGCACGUUUGUGUUUCUACCACCGCGCGUGCUGGUAAUGAGCUUGGAUAUGAUGUGGUUGUUGUUGGGGAUGCUGUGGGUGAUCGCAAUAUCCCUGGUGCGAACGCUGAGACUUUGGUCUCUGUCGUUCUCAGUGAGUUGGGUGAUGGGUUUGCUACAAUUGUUUCUGAGGGUCAGAUUAGCGAGUGA